AUGGUUUCUGCUCCACUUCGGAGAUUUAUGCCGAUCUUGAUGCGCACCGUGGACCCAAUGAUCGGAUGUGCCCUGCGCCAGCGGGGAAGUUCGACCAAGAUGAAGGAUGAACCACGUCAAGGAUUGAUUGCUGCCCGAGAGUUGGCAAAGUUGGAUAAUUCCAAAGCCAAGAAACUUCUUAGGUAUUAUUGGAUAUUUGCACUGUGCCUGGCUGUUUUUGCCAUCCAGGUAACAAAUGCGGAUGACGAAAAUCCGCAGGAGACUGAAAUCGUUGGACUUCAGCAAAGCACAACAACGGAAAGCCUUUGCAAUUUAUUUCCCCACCUUAAUCUAAACUGUAAUAAAACUACAACAACUAAUACAUCAACAACUACGAAGACGACAAAUCCUGAAGAUAAUACAUCAACCACAAAUAAUGCAAAGACCACAACAACCGAAAAGUCUGUAACUACUGAUCGUCCCACAACAACAACGAAAACUACUAAAUCGACUACCACAAAGAAGCCAAAAACAACGAAAUCUACUACAACUAAAAAGCCGAAAACAACAAAAUCUACUACAACUAAAAAGCCAAAAACAACGAAAUCGACAACCACUAAGAAGCCAACGACAACAGAAACGACAAUCACCACAGGAGAAACAACGGAGACAACGCCUACUACUGAAGAGACAACUACGAUAACUUCUACAUCAGAAACAACAACUCCUGAGGAGUCGACAUCAACAACAAAUAAUGCGGAGACCACAACAACCGAAAAGUCUGUAACUACUGAUCGUCCCACAACAACAACGAAAACUACUAAAUCGACUACCACAAAGAAGCCAAAAACAACGAAAUCUACUACAACUAAAAAGCCGAAAACAACAAAAUCUACUACAACUAAAAAGCCAAAAACAACGAAAUCGACAACCACUAAGAAGCCAACGACAACAGAAACGACAAUCACCACAGGAGAAACAACGGAGACAACGCCUACUACUGAAGAGACAACUACGAUAACUUCUACAUCAGAAACAACAACUCCUGAGGAGUCGACAUCAACAACAAAUAAUGCGGAGACCACAACAACCGAAAAGUCUGUAACUACUGAUCGUCCCACAACAACAACGAAAACUACUAAAUCGACUACCACAAAGAAGCCAAAAACAACGAAAUCUACUACAACUAAAAAGCCGAAAACAACAAAAUCUACUACAACUAAAAAGCCAAAAACAACGAAAUCGACAACCACUAAGAAGCCAACGACAACAGAAACGACAAUCACCACAGGAGAAACAACGGAGACAACGCCUACUACUGAAGAGACAACUACGAUAACUUCUACAUCAGAAACAACAACUCCUGAGGAGUCGACAUCAACAACAAAUAAUGCGGAGACCACAACAACCGAAAAGUCUGUAACUACUGAUCGUCCCACAACAACAACGAAAACUACUAAAUCGACUACCACAAAGAAGCCAAAAACAACGAAAUCUACUACAACUAAAAAGCCGAAAACAACGAAAUCGACAACCACUAAGAAGCCAACGACAACAGAAACGACAAUCACCACAGGAGAAACAACGGAGACAACGCCUACUACUGAAGAGACAACUACGAUAACUUCUACAUCAGAAACAACAACUCCUGAGGAGUCGACAUCAACAACAAAUAAUGCGGAGACCACAACAACCGAAAAGUCUGUAACUACUGAUCGUCCCACAACAACAACGAAAACUACUAAAUCGACUACCACAAAGAAGCCAAAAACAACGAAAUCUACUACAACUAAAAAGCCGAAAACAACGAAAUCGACAACCACUAAGAAGCCAACGACAACAGAAACGACAAUCACCACAGGAGAAACAACGGAGACAACGCCUACUACUGAAGAGACAACUACGAUAACUUCUACAUCAGAAACAACAACUCCUGAGGAGUCGACAUCAACAACAAAUAAUGCGGAGACCACAACAACCGAAAAGUCUGUAACUACUGAUCGUCCCACAACAACAACGAAAACUACUAAAUCGACUACCACAAAGAAGCCAAAAACAACGAAAUCUACUACAACUAAAAAGCCCAAAACAACGAAAUCUACUACAACUAAAAAGCCGAAAACAACAAAAUCUACUACAACUAAAAAGCCAAAAACAACGAAAUCGACAACCACUAAGAAGCCAACGACAACAGAAACGACAAUCACCACAGGAGAAACAACGGAGACAACGCCUACUACUGAAGAGACAACUACGAUAACUUCUACAUCAGAAACAACAACUCCUGAGGAGUCGACAUCAACAACAAAUAAUGCGGAGACCACAACAACCGAAAAGUCUGUAACUACUGAUCGUCCCACAACAACAACGAAAACUACUAAAUCGACUACCACAAAGAAGCCAAAAACAACGAAAUCUACUACAACUAAAAAGCCGAAAACAACAAAAUCUACUACAACUAAAAAGCCAAAAACAACGAAAUCGACAACCACUAAGAAGCCAACGACAACAGAAACGACAAUCACCACAGGAGAAACAACGGAGACAACGCCUACUACUGAAGAGACAACUACGAUAACUUCUACAUCAGAAACAACAACUCCUGAGGAGUCGACAUCAACAACAAAUAAUGCGGAGACCACAACAACCGAAAAGUCUGUAACUACUGAUCGUCCCACAACAACAACGAAAACUACUAAAUCGACUACCACAAAGAAGCCAAAAACAACGAAAUCUACUACAACUAAAAAGCCGAAAACAACAAAAUCUACUACAACUAAAAAGCCAAAAACAACGAAAUCUACUACAACUAAAAAGCCGAAAACAACGAAAUCGACAACCACUAAGAAGCCAACGACAACAGAAACGACAAUCACCACAGGAGAAACAACGGAGACAACGCCUACUACUGAAGAGACAACUACGAUAACUUCUACAUCAGAAACAACAACUCCUGAGGAGUCGACAUCAACAACAAAUAAUGCGGAGACCACAACAACCGAAAAGUCUCCGAAAACAACGAAAUCGACAACCACUAAGAAGCCAACGACAACAGAAACGACAAUCACCACAGGAGAAACAACGGAGACAACGCCUACUACUGAAGAGACAACUACGAUAUCCUCUACAUCAGAAACAACAACUCCUGAGGAGUCGACAUCAACAACAAAUAAUGCGGAGACCACAACAACCGAAAAGUCUGUAACUACUGAUCGUCCCACAACAACAACGAAAACUACUAAAUCGACUACCACAAAGAAGCCAAAAACAACGAAAUCUACUACAACUAAAAAGCCGAAAACAACAAAAUCUACUACAACUAAAAAGCCAAAAACAACGAAAUCGACAACCACUAAGAAGCCAACGACAACAGAAACGACAAUCACCACAGGAGAAACAACGGAGACAACGCCUACUACUGAAGAGACAACUACGAUAACUUCUACAUCAGAAACAACAACUCCUGAGGAGUCGACAUCAACAACAAAUAAUGCGGAGACCACAACAACCGAAAAGUCUGUAACUACUGAUCGUCCCACAACAACAACGAAAACUACUAAAUCGACUACCACAAAGAAGCCAAAAACAACGAAAUCUACUACAACUAAAAAGCCGAAAACAACAAAAUCUACUACAACUAAAAAGCCAAAAACAACGAAAUCGACAACCACUAAGAAGCCAACGACAACAGAAACGACAAUCACCACAGGAGAAACAACGGAGACAACGCCUACUACUGAAGAGACAACUACGAUAUCCUCUACAUCAGAAACAACAACUCCUGAGGAGUCGACAUCAACAACAAAUAAUGCGGAGACCACAACAACCGAAAAGUCUGUAACUACUGAUCGUCCCACAACAACAACGAAAACUACUAAAUCGACUACCACAAAGAAGCCAAAAACAACGAAAUCUACUACAACUAAAAAGCCGAAAACAACGAAAUCUACUACAACUAAAAAGCCGAAAACAACAAAAUCUACUACAACUAAAAAGCCAAAAACAACGAAAUCGACAACCACUAAGAAGCCAACGACAACAGAAACGACAAUCACUACAGGAGAAACAACGGAGACAACGCCUACUACUGAAGAGACAACUACGAUAACUUCUACAUCAGAAACAACAACUCCUGAGGAGUCGACAUCAACAACAAAUAAUGCGGAGACCACAACAACCGAAAAGUCUGUAACUACUGAUCGUCCCACAACAACAACGAAAACUACUAAAUCGACUACCACAAAGAAGCCAAAAACAACGAAAUCUACUACAACUAAAAAGCCGAAAACAACGAAAUCGACAACCACUAAGAAGCCAACGACAACAGAAACGACAAUCACCACAGGAGAAACAACGGAGACAACGCCUACUACUGAAGAGACAACUACGAUAUCCUCUACAUCAGAAACAACAACUCCUGAGGAGUCGACAUCAACAACAAAUAAUGCGGAGACCACAACAACCGAAAAGUCUGUAACUACUGAUCGUCCCACAACAACAACGAAAACUACUAAAUCGACUACCACAAAGAAGCCAAAAACAACGAAAUCUACUACAACUAAAAAGCCGAAAACAACGAAAUCGACAACCACUAAGAAGCCAACGACAACAGAAACGACAAUCACCACAGGAGAAACAACGGAGACAACGCCUACUACUGAAGAGACAACUACGAUAUCCUCUACAUCAGAAACAACAACUCCUGAGGAGUCGACAUCAACAACAAAUAAUGCGGAGACCACAACAACCGAAAAGUCUGUAACUACUGAUCGUCCCACAACAACAACGAAAACUACUAAAUCGACUACCACAAAGAAGCCAAAAACAACGAAAUCUACUACAACUAAAAAGCCGAAAACAACGAAAUCGACAACCACUAAGAAGCCAACGACAACAGAAACGACAAUCACCACAGGAGAAACAACGGAGACAACGCCUACUACUGAAGAGACAACUACGAUAUCCUCUACAUCAGAAACAACAACUCCUGAGGAGUCGACAUCAACAACAAAUAAUGCGGAGACCACAACAACCGAAAAGUCUGUAACUACUGAUCGUCCCACAACAACAACGAAAACUACUAAAUCGACUACCACAAAGAAGCCAAAAACAACGAAAUCUACUACAACUAAAAAGCCGAAAACAACAAAAUCUACUACAACUAAAAAGCCAAAAACAACGAAAUCGACAACCACUAAGAAGCCAACGACAACAGAAACGACAAUCACCACAGGAGAAACAACGGAGACAACGCCUACUACUGAAGAGACAACUACGAUAUCCUCUACAUCAGAAACAACAACUCCUGAGGAGUCGACAUCAACAACAAAUAAUGCGGAGACCACAACAACCGAAAAGUCUGUAACUACUGAUCGUCCCACAACAACAACGAAAACUACUAAAUCGACUACCACAAAGAAGCCAAAAACAACGAAAUCUACUACAACUAAAAAGCCGAAAACAACAAAAUCUACUACAACUAAAAAGCCAAAAACAACGAAAUCGACAACCACUAAGAAGCCAACGACAACAGAAACGACAAUCACCACAGGAGAAACAACGGAGACAACGCCUACUACUGAAGAGACAACUACGAUAUCCUCUACAUCAGAAACAACAACUCCUGAGGAGUCGACAUCAACAACAAAUAAUGCGGAGACCACAACAACCGAAAAGUCUGUAACUACUGAUCGUCCCACAACAACAACGAAAACUACUAAAUCGACUACCACAAAGAAGCCAAAAACAACGAAAUCUACUACAACUAAAAAGCCGAAAACAACAAAAUCUACUACAACUAAAAAGCCAAAAACAACGAAAUCUACGACAACGAAAGUGCCGAAAACAACGAAAUCUACCACAACCAAAAAGCCAAAAACGACGAAAUCAACAACCACUCAGAAGCCAACGAAAACAGAAUCGACAACCACGCCCCUAGAAACAACGGAGACAACGACAACAACCAAAGAGCAAACCACAAAAUACAUAACCACAGAGACAACUUCUAAAGAAUCUACAACAUCCUCUACAACGGUGACAUCUACCACAGAAGAACCAACAACAACACCGGCAACUACUCAGCCAACGAAAACAGCGGAGACGACAACUAAAUCUAUCCCAACCCAACCGCAGCACUUUCAUCAUCAUCAUCAUCAUCACUAUAAUCCUGGCGGCCCCUUUUUCCCAUUUCCAGAUCUUCUUCCUUUGCCACCGCUUCCUGUCAUUGAUAUCCCAACUAUUGAAAUCGAAUUGCCACCACCGCCUCCACCGCCACCUCUACCACCAUUUUUCCCCUUUCUGAAAAAAUUGGAAUAA